AUGAAGAUGAAGUCAUCUUGUGCAGGGCGAUGGUUGAUGAUAUCUCCAAAGACCCAAAUCCACAUGUUGAGUUGCCGAUCAGAUUCCAACCUUAGAAUCCAGAAUCGUGUUGCAGAUCGCAACAGCAGUGUGGUAAGAGGACGAGUGCUCGGCCAAUAUGUUAUGAAUGGUGGAGAUGGACCUAAUAGCUAUGCCCAAAACUCAUCCUACCAGUGUUCCUCUCAAAUGCAGAGAGGAGUAGUGGAUGUGGCAAAACCAAUAAUUGAAGCUGAAAUUUCGGAAAGAUUAGAUGUCAAACACCAUUCUUCCACAUUCAGGAUUGCUGAUUUUGGCUGCUCAACGGGGCACAACUCUUUUGCAGCCAUGAAAAUUAUAACUGAAGCCAUCAAGAGAAAAUUCGAAACAGAUAGACAAACUUCCGAUAUUCCAGAUUUUCAAGUGUUCUUCAACGACAAAGCCGUGAAUGAUUUCAACACUCUUUUCAGUUCACUCCCAUGCAAAAGACUUUACUAUGCCACCGGAGUUCCAGGUUCUUUUCAUGGCCGUCUGUUGCCCAAAGCUUCCCUUCAUUUUGCAUACUCGUCUUGUACCCUUAAUUGGCUGUCGGAGGUGCCAAAGGAAGUGGCAGAUGAUACAUCUCCAUCAUGGAACAGAGGGAAGAUUCACUGUUUUGGAGCACGAAGAGAAGUACUUAAAGCAUAUUCGAAUCAGUACGUCAAAGAUGUAGAGGCAUUCUUGGAAUCCAGGGCGGAGGAGUUGGUGGCCGGAGGGCUAAUGGCCCUUAUCGUCCCUGCAGUCCCUGCCUUCUGGAAUCCCAACACGGCCUUCACGUCGAUCACUGAGUUUGAUAUAUUGGGGUCCUGCCUCACGGACUUGGCGGAAAAGGGACGAUUCAGCAAGGCCAAGGUAGACUCAUUCAACUUACCAUUACACUAUACCAUCCCCCAAGAAUUCGAGGCCAUAUUAGAGAGGAGCCACAAUUACACCCUCGAAAGAAUGGAGAUAAUAGACAAUCCAGGAAAGCGCACGUUGCCUGCCCCCAAAGACCGUGCCUCAUUUGUCCGAGCAGUCUUUGAACAAUUGCUGACGAAUCACUUCGGAAGUGAGAUAAUCGACGAAUUGUUCCACCAAUAUGCAAAGAAAAUGGCAGCUUCACCGCUGUUCUUAGACCCUGAGAAUGAGAAAACGAUCAUGAUAUUUGUCCUCCUCAAACGGAAACCAUAUGAUCAGAAGUAGAGA